AUCCUCUACGUCAAUCGCAGAAAAACAAUCUCAAAAAAAAUCAGACAAGAACACACAAAGACACAUACAUAUAUUCUCCCUCGCUCUCAAACCCUUUUCCACUCACAAAGAGCAGAGCUAUUGCUAGAGCUAGCUGGUCGUCUUCCUCCUCCUUCCUCCAGCAUUCUGACGAGAGCUCAGCUUUGCCUCUGUCUUGCUGCCAUCGCAGAAGGCAGAAACAGGAGUUCCUGAGAUCGAGCCACAAACCAAAGACACCAAUCACCAAGAACUAGCUUAGCUACACCGUGAGGUGAUCGAGGGAAAGAUCACACAUAUCGCCUGCAUCUGCGUUCAUACAUAUAUCAGAAGAGAAGAUGAUCCCUUUCAUAAAGAUGAAACCUUCCCUCCACUAGAAGCCCCGGGAGGAGGACGCAACAAGCAAGCUCACCGAAGCCACAAAUGGAUCAGCGACGCCAACAAGCAAGGCUGGGCAGCAAGGCGAGCUCAGAGCGGAGGAUGCUGCGACGCGUGAAGCUCCCCUUCUGGUCCUGCCCUCCAAACCGGCCUCCAGGCACCUGAGCGCGCUCGAUCAGCUGGUCUCGUGCUCCCCUCCCCGGGCGGCUCCUUUCCCCAUCUCCCUCCUCUGUCUUUCUUGGCUCUUCUUUCACUCAGCUGUCAGCUCUCGGAUCUCCAACCCUGCCUGCCUGCUGCUGUCAGUCUCCUUCCCUAGCUAGUACUACUACAAGACAUGGCUCUGCUUUUCGUGUGAUCUCGUCGCGAGCCUGUCUGCCGGUGCCUCCGCUUCCCUUGGGAGAAAGCAAGGGCUCCUGUCCGGCCCGUGUUCUUGGGAACCAAGGCCUUGGUGCUGCUGUUCCUUGUCCAAGCUUGGGAAACAAAGGCACGCUUGGACUUUGCUGCCCGUCUCGUGUGUCAAACAUUCUGGAGGCGCGUUCUUGGCCCUUGUGGCCGCAACUUCUUGGAUCCAAGAGCUGUCCUCCUGUCCCUGCCGAUCGCCUGCCCUCAGCCCCUGAUCCAUCAGAAAAAAAAAGGCAACAUCUCUCUUGCGUGCUUCACAGUUGACAUCUGCCGAGUUCGUUGUUAUAUACUCCUACCAGUAUUAGUUGUCAGAAACUGCACUGUUAUGUUCUUGUGCCUCGCGGAUCGUCGUCGUCACCGUGGUCAGCCCUGGAAGCUUUUCACGACGACAUGGACAUGGGCUCCGUCCCCUUCGCCGACGCCGGGCUCCUCGACGCGUUCUACGGCGGCGGACAUGGACACAACGACUACGGGCUUGUUAGCCAGCAGCUGACGUCGCCUGUCGUCUUGGACGGCGGCGCCGGCGGGCUGCUGGACGCCGGUGCGGCUUCCACGGAGGAGGAGGCGCCGAAGAGGAAGGGAGACCACCGCCGGGACGACAAGGCGGCGAUGGCCCUCAAGAACCAUAGCGAGGCGGAGCGGCGCCGCAGGGAGAGGAUCAACGCGCACCUCGCCACGCUCCGGACCAUGGUGCCCUGCUCCGACAAGAUGGACAAGGCCGCGCUGCUGGCGGAGGUGAUAACCCACGUGCAGAAGCUCAAGGCGACCGCGGCGCGGAUCCGCGACCACUGCGCCGUCCCGGCCGACGCGGACGACGUCGCCGUCGAGCUGGUCCAGGGCGCGCCUCCAUCUACGACCGGCGGCGGCGUCCUCGUGAGGGCGACGCUGAGCUGCGACGACGGCGCCGACGUGUUCGCGGACGUCAAGCAGGCGCUGCGGCCGCUGCGGCUCAGCGUCGUCGGCUCCGAGGUCACCACGCUAGGCGGCCGCGUCCGCUUCACCUUCCUCAUCAUGUCGUCGUCGUCGUCGUGCGGCAACGGCAGCGGCGGCGACGUGGGCGCCGUCGUCGUCGAGUCGGUGCACCAGGCGCUCCAGUCCGUCCUCGACAGGGCCAACUCCGCGCUCGAGUUCGCGCCGAGGGCGUCGCUUCUCAACAAGCGGCGGAGGGUCUCCACGUUCGAGUCCUCGAGCUCCUCUUCUUGAACCUUGACCGAUCGGAUGAUUCAUUCAGAGAAGACGAAGACGUACGUGCAAGCAAGGUUAUCCUCCAUGAACCGAACCAUAUUCGUCGUGUGCUAACCUUACCACUGGCUAGUAAAGAAGUUGCAGCACUGAAUUAUUUACUGCUGCUACCACGUACGGUAACUGCAUGAUAAAGAGUGAUAUAUUCCCAGGACACUGAGUUACAGUGAUUGUGUUGUACUGUUUACCUUUUACUUGUUUUGUACGAACAUUUUGAUCCCUGCAUGCUUAAUUGCUAGUAUGACUACUUUGGAAGAGGAUUAUUACUCCCGGUGUAAUUCAAAUUUAA